AAAGCAUUACAAAUGAUGCACAACAGCCUUCAGUCUCACAGUUUUUUGGCAACCAAGAUGGACAGUACAGCGUGAAUCAUCCACAGCAGAAAGCUAUCACCAAUGCAAUACUGUCCGACUUAGUUGUCGAUUGCAGCUUGCCCCUGUCAAUUAUUGAAAAUAAGAGUUCGCCACUUUCUGACAGUAGUUGACAGAAAGUACAGGCCAGUUUGUCGCAGGACACUGACUGUGAAAGUAGAGAACCUUGCUGUGGAAAGACGUUUCAAAUUAAAAACCCGGAUGAGUAAUAUAAAUCAUGUCUCAGUCACUGUGGACAUUUGGUCUGACAGAAAGAUGAGGGGAUUCCUUGGUGUUACUGCACACUAUUUAGAGAAGGAUGAAGAGAGGAUAGAGCUGAAAUCCAAUCUCCUGGCCUGCGACCGCUUCAAAGGCUCACACACAGCUGAAAGAAUCUGUGAGCAAUUUGAGGCUGUAUGUGAUGAGUACAGCAUUAAAAACAAGAUAGACUACAUUAUUAGUGACAAUGCUGCCAACAUGCGUAAAGCGUUCACUGUGUGCUUCCCAACGGAGCAAGAAGAUGAAGAUGUUGAUGAAGAGGAUGAUCUUGAUGACCCAGAGCUAUGGCAUGACCUUUCCCUUGAAGAUCAGGAAACGGUAGAUGCUGCCCUGGCAAAAAAACAGCGCUUGCAGUGUUUUGCGCACACACUGCAGCUGGUGGUGGGAGACGGAUUGAAGGAAACAAAAGGAACAACCUCUUCUCUUGCAAAGUUGUCGAAGCUCAGCUCACUGCUGCAUACAAGCACAACUUUUAAAGAUGUGUUUGAUGCUGAAUUUGGGGAACAAAGAGGUAUCCCUGCUGCUGUCACCACAAGAUGGAAUUCGACACUCAGGCAAGUGAAGGCAGUACUCCGUUGUGAACAUCCGAAGCUUUGCCGUGUACUAGAAAAGGCUGGGCACAAGGAGUUGUUGUUCACAGCACGGGAGUGGAAUGUUUUGAAGGAGUUGGUGGACAUCAUGAAUCCAUUUGGAGAAGCAACAGAUUUGACACAAGGGGAAAAGAUAGUGACAAUCAGUUCUGUUGUUCCAUCUGUCCUGUCCCUAAAUCACCACCUUGAGAAGCUGAAGCCACAAGUCCGUUUCCUCAGCAGCCUGGUUAGAAGUCUCCAGGUGUCCCUGAAGAAAAGGUUUGGGGGGAUUUUCAUCAAUGUGAAAAUGGCCACAUUAACACAGGAUGGAACAACUGCCCCCUUUUCAGAUCCUGUGUACCUCAAAGCAGCUGCUUUGGAUCCAGCCUUUUCUCUGAUGUGGAUAGACCACCAUGUGCUGGUCAGUCUUGAGGUCAAAGCUGAGGUUCUACAACAUGUGAAAGAACUGAUCCUGCGAGAGGCUGUGGAGACAGAGCAACCUACGCCUUGUGUUGAUGAGGAAGAGCAAGAGAGCCUUGGACAAGGUGAAGGGCUGUUUGCUGCCUACCAUAAGAGGAAGAAGAAGGAUGUUGGGACCACUCCAGCACUGCAGCUAAGUCACUAUCUCCACAUCGCUGAUGGACAGAAUGUCCUUUUGUUCUGGGCAAUGAACAUGAAGGUUCUUCCUUCGCUGUUCAAAGUGGCCAUUAGAGUUUUGGCAGUGCCUGCCUCCAGUGCUCCGGUGGAGCGAGUUUUUAGCCAUGGUGGCAUCAUCCUGCGACCCCAUCGUGCACAAAUGAGUGACCGACUAUUGACCAAUUUGGUCUUUUGCAAAUGCAAUGCAUUAUAGGGCCCCGAGAUAAUAGAAAAAG